AUGAUGACCCAGGAACAGUGCUCUCAUAGGAACAAUGUGCAGAGCUCCGACAAACCUCAGAUCUACAAAGUGGGGAUCUACGGCUGGAGGAAACGUUGCCUCUACUUCUUCGUCCUUCUGCUUAUGAUCCUCAUCCUCAUCAACCUGGCCCUCACCAUCUGGAUCCUCAAGGUCAUGAACUUUACCAUAGACGGCAUGGGGAAACUGAGAAUAACAGAGAAAGGCCUGAAGCUGGAGGGAGACUCUGAGUUUCUGGAGCCACUUUACGCCAAAGAAAUCCAGUCGAAACCGGGCCGCCCGCUGUACCUGCAGUCGUCCAGAAACGUGUCGGUCAACAUCUACAACAGCAACAACCAGCUGCUCACUCAGCUCAUCACAGGGUCGAGUGGUCUGAAAGUACGAGGAAAAGCGUUUGAGGUGAAGUCCACGUCGGGAAAGCUGCUGUUCUCUGCGGAUGAGGACGAGGUGGUGGUGGGCGCAGAGAAGCUCCGGGUCAUGGGAGCUGAAGGAGCAGUGUUCACAAAAUCAGUGGAGACGCCUCAUGUUCGAGCAGAGCCUUUCAAAGAGCUCAAGCUAGAAUCUCCCACCCGCUCUCUGCUGAUGGAAGCUCCUAAGGGCAUUCAGAUCCUGGCUGAAGCAGGAGACAUCCAGGCCAUCUGCAGGAACGAGCUGCGCCUGGAGUCUAAAGACGGAGAGAUUUCUCUGGACGCUCACCGGAUCCGCCUGAUGCGCCUGCCAGAGGGAAAGGCCUCGAGCAGCUCCUCCUCAGGGACCAGACAAACGGUGUAUGAGGUGUGCGUGUGCCCCAAUGGACGCCUGUUCUUGUCCCAGGCCGGCGUGGGCUCCACCUGCCAGAUCAGCUACAGCGUCUGUCUCUAG